UCCGUACAGCCCCUUGGGAGUAGGGGGUGUGCAGCCUACUCGUCCCGCCCCUGCCUCUGAGUGACAGGACCGUGGACAGCAACAUUUCCAGCAGGACACGAAGUUUGUCGGCCCUUGCCUUGGCUGAGCUAAGUAAGAAAAAGCAACCAAGAACAUUGUUAUUGGUAUCUGGAAUUGAAUUUGCCAGGAAUGCAAGCACGGCUUCUUCAGUAAAGAUCUUGCCUUUGGAAACAUCUUACCCCUUGGCAGCUCUCCAGAGUUCAGACUUAGCAGCAUCAAGGACACAACACAAGACUACACAUCCAAAACGUGUUGGUAGGAAAGCUCAUGUACUUCCAUGACCCAGAUGCAGCCAUGGGAAGAGAGUGGCUAAUUAUGCAGUGACACAUUGGUCAUAACAAAUUUCAAAAGGGGGACUAUGAAGUGCAAUAUUGUCUCUACCCAGAGGGAAAGGAGAUUUGGAAGAUAUCAGGCAUUUUGGAGAUCAAAGAUGGGUAGAAAAGAUGCCUCCACUGUAAAACUUCCUGUUGAUCAGUACAGAAAGCAAAUUGGUAAACAAGAUUAUAAAAAAACCAAACCUAUUUUACGAGCAACCAAAUUAAAAGCAGAAGCAAAGAAAACAGCAAUAGGCAUAAAGAUCACUGUCCUUGACAACCAAGGUAGAAAAAUCAUCAGACCUUAUCAGAUCUGUUCUCUGCUUGUCAUCUGUCAGCAUUGUACAAUCGGACCUGAGCCACAGGCAAACCUGGACCUUCCCUGCUCUUAUGUGGGAUAUCAACCUUGUGGUGUUCUGCUCCAGUCUUGAGAGUUACCACGCAUUGCAGCAGACAUGUUUAUUUGCGUAAAAGGACACCUUGUGAUAACAGUGGCAGUACUCUUGCAACUUGUCCAUUUCCUGAACUGCUUGGAAAUGUAUCGAAGACAAACACUACAGAUGCAGGUACCCCAAAGUCAUACAUGUAAUCUUUUACUUUGGUUUAAAAUCAUGACAUCAGAGAUCCUGCCAGAUGUGGGUCAUGUGCCUAGAUAACCGUAUAGAAGUGAACAUUUGAAAUGGCCAUCCUCUAAUUUAGGUGGAAACUUACAGAAAUAAGAGAAAUCAGUCUUUAUGGAUCAAUUUUUUAUUGCAAUCUAUAUCUACUGGCUGAGAGUAAGAAUGGGAUUUUCAACUCUAGAGAGGCUAUUUCCUACAUUAGCUCAGAUUGAGAAUGCUCUGAGAAUCAACAUUACAGAUUAACAGUUGAUUUUGUAUUAUUCGGAAUGUGUGUUUGUUAGAACCCCUCUCAUGACAUAUUUUCUGUUAAAUUCAUCAACACAUCACAAUUUAAUAGGCAUAGCUUGUAAAAAUGAUUUGUAGAUUAUUUGUUUAAAUUAUGGUCAUUGGGCUGAUUGGCUGGCUGUUCUAGAGUAAAUGUACCCAAAUAAAUUACAAACCGAGAUGUUCAUUAGUAAAUUGGGGGCAUGAGGGUAAAAAAGUAAAACCAGCUAGAUGCACAGAGCUUAGCUGAGUAUGGAUGUACUCAGGUACCAACAUCAGUUCGGUACUCGCCAGUCUUCAUUUUAGUAUCUUUUUUCACUAAAUAGCAAUAGAAAAGGCUCCAUUUUUAUGGCCUGUAAGAGUGUGCCAUAUACAUAGUGCUAUAUAUAUGCAUUAAAUUGCAAAGCUUUCCCCAUUCCAUUUUCACUAUUUCUAAAUACUGUCUAAAAUAAAAUGAUUAAAAUGUCAGUGGAUCCACAUGCAUUCCAUUUUUGCAAUAAGCAUUUCUUUCUACAAAAGAGAAAUGCUGUUUAAUUUCAGUGUGAUUGUGAAUUUUGUAAAAUGAGGAUGUAAUAGCAUUUUACUUAAACUUAUAGCAUCUUCUGCUCAUAUUGUGUUUCAGAAUAGUUCCUUCAUAAUUAAAGUGUCAAAAAACACAUUUGUAACAAGAAUGAUGAAAUUCAUUCUGAAUAAUCCGUCAGCAAAUAAUAACCUGCAUUUCCUGCUCUCAAACAGAAUCAUUUAAUACCUUUCAAUCAUUCGGUUCUUCCCUCUUUUUUCUUUUUUCUUGUUACUCUUAGAAAAUAACUUCCUAUAACAGCUUAGAAACUAUUUUAUGGGCUUAAUGGAGGUUUUUCUUUAGCUGGAAUGUUAUAUGGUUAGCAAAUGUUUCUAUAAAUAUGUAAAAUGCUCUUCCCUGAGUCCCCACUGGAUGCCUCUCAACUAGAGCAUUUCCAAAACAAUAAACAAGGCAAACAAAGAAUGCUUCAAAAUAAUCAUAAUUUCACAUUUCCCCCCAAACAUUGUUCAUUUAUUUUUCUAUUUUAUUGCUGAAAACAGAAAUCAUAUUGAGUGGAAGGAUUUCCCCUCACAUAGACAUGAAGGCAGGUUGACAUUUAGGAACUAUGGCAUCUUAUGUUUCUGAAAUAUGGAAGGAGCAAGUCAGAUUAUUCAAGUGCAUUUUCUCCAUCUAAGAUCUUGUUUUAUCAUUGCCUGCAUUGAGGUGAUACUCAUUUUACAUUUACUUUUAAAAAUGUAAAUUAACAAACAUAAUAUUUACAUACGUGCAUGUAUACCUACCGGGGAUUGUGAUAUAAUGCACAUAUGAAUAAGCAAGUAAUGUCCGGGUGCAUAAUUUAGCUUCUAUCGUGAGAAUCAGUUUUCUGCUUGGCUUAAUAUUUUCAUGCUACAUGUGCCUGAAACUUAGCGUUUGGAGAAUUACUGGAUUAGGCAAUCUAUCUCAGGAUGAUAAACCUAUUUAUAUAGUACAUACAUCCUGAGUUCUCGUAUCUCUUUCCUUUGCAUGAAGUUUAGUACAAUAUUCCAACUGUAUAAGGCAUGGAACUAUAAAUUGUGUUAUAGUGUAUCUUAAGAUUUUACUGUAGCACAGGUCAAGCAUAAUUGUUAAGAGAGAAAAAGAAAAUCUUUUAAAAUAAUUUAUUCUUCUAAAAAUGCUUCUACCAUCCACUGCAGCUGCAGAGUCAUAAUGCUUUCAUUAGAGAUCACAUCUGGGCUGAAUUAAAACAGGAGCCUUUCCCAGCCCUGCAGUGCUUGUCAGGUUGAAAGUUUUUCUCAGAGCUCCUGAAGCCUUUCCAAAAAUCAAGGGCUAAGACAGAGAACAGACCUUGUCACGAGCUGGUACCGGGCUUUAAGUACAUUCCUGCUAUGUUAUUCACCGUCUGGCUCUAAUUUGGAGGUACAUCUCCCUUGUGCUCACUUUAUUAACUUACAUAUGACUAGCCCUUUUGUUUAAUAUGGAAAUAAAGAAAACAGGGUUUGUUGAAGAAUAGUACUAUACACUGAGGCUUUUAUUUUUCCACACAUUCGCUUUUUUCCCCUAUAUGUUUGCUCUUUAAAGCAAUUUCCCCAUAUUUGAAACACUUGGAUAAUAAAAAAAAAGGUAGAUAUUAUGGAGAAUUCAUAACAGACCUUGUUUUCAUCUUUAUUUUAUAGAAAGGGAGGAGGGGAAAACUACAUAGAUUUUAAUGCAUUGUAUUUUUUUUUGAUUUUGGCCAUCAAUUUUAUCUUAGAAUUCCAAAAGAAAAGGUCUAUCGGUGUUAAACAUAGACACAAUGAUAUCAAAGUAAAAUUACAUAAAUUUUGGUGAAAUUAUUUCAAAACUGUGUUAUAAAGUUGAAUACAAUGGACACUAACUGUUGUUAAUAAAGAAUGGAAUGGAAUGGAUAAAGAAUGGAAGUAUAUUAAAAUUAAAAAAAAAAUCCCAAGGUGUAUUAGGAAGAAAUACACUACCAAUAAAAGAGAAAAAGGAGCUAAAAAAAUUAUCGGGAAUGUGUUUCUGAUGACUGAACAAUGCUCAUGCUCCAGAUGAUUAGCAUUUACUAAUCUGUCCACUUGUAGAGCACACAUACUUUUAUUAAAGCCCCAAAUCUUGGGACAAAAGGGAGAUGCAAAUUCUGUGAGGCUCAACAUACCAAGAGAGAAACAGGUGCACAAAUAAUGCUAAUGCAAUUGCCAUGUACUGAAAUACAGGUCAAUGUACAGCAGUGGCAGUGAUUAACUCUGCCUGAGGAGGUCACCUUUGAGCUGGUCUUUGAAGGAUGAAUAGAAGUUCACUAAACUUUGGAGUAUUUACAGAUUUUAGCACACUUUUUCAUUUUCUCUUCACCUGAAUUUACCAGUUGCUAUUUUUGGGGGGUAAAAAAAUGUACUUCACUAUAGCAUUGGUGUAUUCGCUACCUUUAGUAUUAAUUCUAAAACUGACAUUAUUCUGACCAAUCUUUUUCCUAAGUGUUUUAAUGGCAUUAUAAAUUAGAAAUGUGUUUUUCCUCCUCCUAUGUAAGUGGAACUUAACUUUUAGCACAUGUAACAGGAAAAAACUAAAGAGUCGAGUCAAUCCGGAGAAUACAUGAGAACGUCAAUUUAAUUGAUGUCUCUCUGAAUCUUAACUUUUUCAUUAAAAAGAUGGGGAUAAUGCCUGCCCCACGGAAUUAUGAGGAUAUAAUAAAAUGAUGUAUUUGGUGAACUAGGACAGUAGCUACCUCAUAGUAAGCUAACAUUCAGCAAACAUAAUUCUGUUCCCUAAAUUUUAUCUCCAAAUGGGAUGAACAAGCCUUGGCUCAAGCUAAUUCUCUUUCAGUUUACUAAUGUUGUAUUUCAGGGUAUAAAGAAAUGUAUAUAUGAUAAACAUUAAUGUCCAUCUACGUUAACAAUGAAUGCAGAUUGUUUGACAGUGAUCUUUAUAGAAAGUAGAUUAAUAGAAGAACGCAAAUAAUAAAGCACCUCUAAUUUCACUACC